AUGUUCUCCUGCGCAAACUAUCCUCGUGGCUGCCGAGGCCGCGUCAACCGUGACGGCGCCAAAUGUUCCGACUGCGUGACCUUGAACCUGCGCCGUCCUGCCUCCGCAUCACCUUUCGCACAGCCUCGUGACUAUAAGCGGGCGCUUCCCUCUGAGAGACUGCGCGAUUCUGUCUUCAACAGAUCCGACUUGGAGCUCUAA